UAUCAUUUGAGCGUAUGAUCAAGACGCAGUUAUGUGUGGUUGAAGACUGCACUUGUCACCAUGUUAAUUAUAAACAGCAGGCACCAUAGUUUGACCUGUAAGCCUGAUAGAAGUGACUCUGCAAAAUCUGAAUGGGCAUUUCCACGUGUGCACUGUGCGUUCAACACUCAUGAUGUGGUCCAAGUGCUCUAUUUCCAAAGUUGGAUCAAGUAGGUCUAUCCUAGCAAAGUUGUGUGCCAUUCACCAAAGAACAAGUGUUUAGUUACAAGAAGAUCCCAACACUGGUGUUACACAUGGGGCCAAGUUACAAAAUUGCAGAUCAGUUGAUUUUUGAUUUUUUUUUGGGAUUGGAAGGUCUCUCAAAGUACUCUGUAGGAUUUUUGGAUGUGUUGGGGUGAGCUCCUAGUCCUGGGCAUUGAGUAUUGCUGCAUCCUCACAAAAGAACAAAGAGGAGUGGGUGACCUGUCCACAGAGAGACUGCAACAGACACUGCGGUUGCAGUGCUUCUCGGCCUGCAGGAUAACACAGAUGGAGCAGAGGCUGCAGAGAGGAUAAACUCUGCAUCACACUCUGCCAAGUUAGUGUCCAGUCCUGCCACGAUCCUUGAUAGGAAUUGGAAGAGAUUCUUUCAUUCAAGACUGCUAAUGCACCCAGCAUCUUGCAUCAUCUGCAUUCUCCAGGUAUGCCACCUUGACAAGGACCUCAGAGUCCUCUGCAGUGGUGGAAAGCUGGCUGCAGUCCAUUCAUGGCUGGUAACUCACCAGAUCCUAAUCCAGGAUUUGUGACAUCAUCUAAGAUAUGUGCAGUGUCAGGUGUGGAUUAUUGCAUGUUAGCUGUGAGUUCUCAGUGUCAGGGUCAGCAGAUGUCAGAGUGAUUUGAGGUGUGAUGCAUUAAGCAGCAUGAGAGGUGGGUACUGCAGCAGAUGGAAGAUGUUAGGAAGAUCUUGGUCACCAAAAGUCAUUAGACUUCUUGCGACACUGCUGCCAAUUCCUCAGGGCCAGAUGUCAGGAAUUGCCAUCCCUAAUGGCCACCUCCUACUCCCUUAUGAAGUUUGCCUUUGACAAGAUUCUGUCCCCACACUCUUAUUCUAUGUGAAGAGCCUAACAUCUCUUCUUCUGCCCAAAAGGUCCUUGAGUGCUUCCUGAACACCAACCCCCUCUGCCCUGUCAUCAUGGUCCUGUAUAUGGCACCAUGGCUCUCUUCCUAUUCAUAUCCAGUACCAAGGUCUGCAUCGUUGCCUCUGGAAUCCUCUUUCUAUCCUGGUAUUCCAUUUUCUGUUUACAACUGGAGCAAAAGUAUCCAGCAGCAGCCUUCUGAAAAGCAGUGCAGCUUCCCUUUAAGAGGGACAAGACAGCCUUUUGGAUCAGAAAACUACAGCACCACGAGCUUUUAGCACAUGCUGUUUGAUUCCCUGCUGAGUGCAGAGGCAGCUAGUGGUAUGGGAGGAGCUAAAAUCAAGUAAAUAAGUGAUAGCCCCAAGUUUGCUUGCUAUCUGCAUUCAUUUCGAUGAACAUGGGAAUGUCACAAAUCAUAACUGUCAUACCCAAAAUGUGACACACAUUGAUUUUUAGCUAGAUUUUUCUUGAUGAGAGUUGUUUACUUGGUCAUUUUGAAGCUGAAAUGACAUAUCAUGAAGAAGUAGAACAUGCUGGAGAAGUAAACAGGUCUGGAAGUAUUCAUGGUGAGAGAAACUGAGCUGACGUUUUGGGUCUGGUAUAACUUCUUCAGAACUCUUCCAACGAACAGUCAUAUUGGUCUCAAAAUGUUAACUCUGCUUCUCUCUUCGCACAUGUUGCCAGACCUCCUGAAUUUCUCUCGCAUUUUCUGUUUUUAUUUCAGAUCUCCAUCAUCUGCAGUAUUUUGCUUUAUAACAUCAUAUCUCCUUACUGUCUAAUUCCCUGUCCACUUACUUCUGUGGUUUGAUUGUUACGUUUUUGAUACAUUUUUUUUUCCCCUUGUGAUUUUCUUUUUGUCCCUCAUUUCAACACUAAAUUUCCCGGAAUUUGUGCCACCACUAUAUUGAAUAAUGUAAUUUUUGAGUAGUUUGGCAUUCUUUUUGAAAAAUAAGCAUUUAAAUGGUAAGAAAAAAACACUUAUGUUUUAGUCUGCAGUAUCCAGCAUUCUAGUUUGAAUUAUGAGACAGGGUGGAAAAAGAAUUUCUGCAUAUUUCUCACUCGUUGUUUUGUUGCUGAAAAUACAUGGAGAUGGACUUUUGAAUUUUGAUGCAUAAAUAUAUCUUUUGUAAUCUGGUAUUUUUUUUUCUACAGAGGAUGAUCACAGAGAAAAGUCCAUCUCCCAUCACACAGUACAGCAGCUAAUAAUGGAAAAGGAUCAGGCCUUGUCUGACCUGAACUCUGUGGAGAAAUCUCUUGCAGACCUCUUCAGGAGAUAUGAGAAGAUGAAGGAGGUGUUAGAGGGGUUCCGAAAGAAUGAGGAAGUGUUGAAGAAAUGUGCCCAAGAGUAUCUUGCCCGAGUAAAGAAAGAAGAACAGCGAUACCAUGCUCUUAAAAUCCACGCAGAGGAAAAGCUUGACAAGGCCAAUGCUGAGAUUGCUCAAGUACGAGCUAAGUCCAAAUCAGAACAGGCAGCCUUUCAGGCCAGCUUACGGAAAGAACAGAUGAAAGUCGAGUCACUGGAGAGAACUUUGGAACAAAAGAAUAAGGAAGUAGAAGAACUGACUAAAAUCUGUGAUGAACUGAUUGCCAAAAUGGGGAAGAGUUAAUGUUGCCUAUUUUUUUUCAAAGUAGUGAAAAAAUACUGAGUGCAAUAAAGCCAGUGGUGCAGUAAUGUUGGCUCACUUAUGUGAACGUUGGGGAUUACACCACAUUUUCAAUGCACUAUAUCUCUUUUUCCACAGAGGACUGUUUAAUGUAUGUAGCAUUCAACUGGCCCAUGGAAGUUUUCCUUUUACUGUCUGCUGUAUUGUAGUAUGGCACACAACAAAUGUUAUGAGUUCCUGUAUCAGGGAGAUUGGUUCUUUAAUGAUUAGAUUAGAUGCAUUAGAUAUUGAGAUUGAUUGAUUGAUUGAUUGAUUUUUUUUUUUGUUUAUUUCUUUUUAUGGGUUCCUGUGUAUUGUGUCUUCAAAGUUUCAACUUACUGUACAUUACAUUAUUGCAAGCGAAGUCUUGCAAAUUUUCAGUGAAGCCUUAAGAGCCUAGACUUGAUCUGCAUUAUGAAUUUAUAAAAAUGCAUGUGUGUCAAUGAAGUUCUCUAUUGUAAAUAAAUUUUAGUUUAAAAUCACA